CUUAUCCAAAUGCCCCUCCAUCGGUUGCAAAUUGGGCGACUCCUCAUCUCGCGUCCAGUGUCUCUACCCCGUCCCCAUCCUGUUUCUCUUUUCCAGCAGUCUCGUCGCAGUUUUUACGGAUACAUCAACGAUUCCAAAAUGGCACCACAGCUGGAGCCGUUCUUCAAACAGGUGGAUCAGUUGUCUGAUUCGUUCAUUGACCGGUUGAGAAAAGCUGUCGCAAUCCCCUCCGUUUCCGCACAAGAUGAGAGCAGACCCGAUGUUUUUCGGAUGGGCCAGUUUCUGGCAUCCGAGCUUGAAGCGCUAGGUGCCCACGUUGAACAGCGACCCUUGGGCAAGCAACCGGGAAAGGAACACCUUGAAUUGCCCCCUGUCAUUGUUGCACGUUACGGCAAUGACCCUGCCAAGCGAACCAUUCUCGUCUACGGGCACUACGAUGUACAGCCAGCUUUGAAAGAGGAUGGGUGGGCUACUGAGCCUUUUGAACUGACCAUCGACGACAAGGGCAGGAUGUAUGGCCGUGGUAGUACUGAUGACAAGGGCCCUGUCCUAGGCUGGCUGAAUGUCAUCGAGGCCCACAAGAAGGCUGGUCUUGAGCUGCCGGUCAACCUUCUUUGCUGCUUCGAAGGUAUGGAGGAGUAUGGCUCUGAAGGGCUGGAUGACUUCAUCCAGGCUGAGGCCCAGAAGUUCUUCAAGGACGCGGAUGCUGUCUGCAUCUCAGACAACUAUUGGCUUGGCACCGAGAAGCCGUGCUUGACCUAUGGCCUACGCGGCUGCAACUACUACUCUAUCAGCGUCUCUGGGCCUGCCCAAGAUCUUCACAGCGGUGUCUUCGGCGGAUCAGCCCAUGAGCCCAUGACAGACCUAGUCACUGUCCUGUCGAAGCUGGUUGAUUCCCAAGGCAAUAUUCUCAUUCCUGGAAUCAUGGAUCUCGUCGAACCAUUGACCGAGGAGGAGAAAUCACUGUACCCUGGAAUCAGUUAUUCCAUGGACAACCUUCACGAGUCACUGGGAAGUGAAACAGGUAUUCAUGCUACGAAAGAGAGAACUCUGAUGGCCCGGUGGAGGUACCCCUCUCUCUCGAUUCAUGGUAUUGAGGGUGCUUUUUCUGCACCAGGUGCCAAAACUGUCAUCCCUGCCAAGGUUAUUGGCAAGUUUUCUAUUCGGACAGUUCCGAAUAUGGAGAGCCCCGACGUUAACAAGCUUGUCUUCGACUAUAUAAAGGCUGAGUUCGCCAAGCUAAACAGCAAGAACACUCUGGAUGUUUGGCUCCAGCAUGACGGCAAAUGGUGGGUUGCCAGCCCGAAACACUGGAACUUUAGUGCGGCGAGCAAAGCCGUUACGCAGGUUUUCGGCGUUGAGCCCGAUAUGACUCGUGAAGGUGGAAGUAUCCCUGUCACCUUGACCUUCGAGCAAGCCACUGGAAAGAAUGUUUUGCUGUUACCCAUGGGCAGUUCGACUGAUGCGGCUCAUUCUAUCAAUGAGAAACUUGACAAGAGAAACUAUAUCGAAGGAACCAAGCUUCUUGGCGCUUAUCUCCACUAUGUUGCGGAGGAGCCUAUGAACGCUUAGACUACCCUAAGGCUUUUGACUCACUCUGAAAGACUCUUUGUUUAUCUUGAUGUGUGGAGGUCAAUAUCUGUUGCUUUUUCUUUGGAACUAGGUCUCAGUUUUCAGUAUUUAAACUGACAAGGAUAGGAUUGAUUAUGCACAUUAAAGAAAAUAAACGUAUUCCUGAA